AAAAAAAAAGGAUUAAAAAAACAAAAACAAAACCAGCAUUCAUUUAUUAUCUCACAGUGUCUGAGGAGAGGAAUCCACGGCUGGCUGAGCUGGGUGGUUUCGGCUCAGGGUCUCUCAGAAGGGACAGUCUAGCUACAGCCACCCAAAGGUCUGACUGAGGUUGGAAAAUCCCUCCUUGGAUGGCUCACGUGCAUGGCUGUAGGCAGGAGCCCAACUUGCUUUCCUUACCAUUGGGGCCUCCCUGCAGGGUUGCUCAAGUGUUUGGGUGACAUGGCAGCAGGCUCCCCCAGAGGGAGAGAUGGAGAGAGUGGUGGGAGUGAGGGGAUGGGUAUCCCGUUAUCCACUCCAGGAUUUUGACAGGAAGCUGCUGUCAAAAGUUUUGCAGGUUUGUAGUCAUUUCCCGGAUGAGAAAUGUUUGCAUCACCUAGGUCAAAUUUAUAUCCUGCUAUUCUGUCUCUGUGCCUUUCUGCUUAUGGAACAGUUUUACUUUAAUGCUCAGUCCUGGCAUUGACAUUCCUGUGUCUGUUGAAGACAUUUUCAAUGGCAUUUAAGCUCCCACUUGUUUUACUAACAGUGCACUUACCUCCUUUGAAGUGCUAGCCAUGUAAACAUUUAUGACCAAGUAUUCCCAGAGCUGGCACUGAGAAAACAUUAUGACUGCUGCCUGUGACACAUCUUCAUAAGGCACAUCCUGAUUUCAGAGGUGUUAGAAUGUGGAAAAACUAUUUCUCAGAAUUGAAGAAAUAUGGCAAACAGUUUUCUCCCUCAGUCGUGGGGAAGUACACUAGAUCAAAGUCUUCUGCAGGUGAGUUUCUUUCCUCCUGCUUUUACAGAGCCUGGAACUCACAAACUCAUAAUCUGAUGGGGAAGGAGAUGUGAAUGGUGAUUUAUAACAAGGAUGAAUAUACAGGAAUCAAAAUCACUGUAAACCCAGAAUCCAAGGCAGUCUUGGCUGGAGAGUUUGUAAAACUGUGUUGCCGGGCAACCGGACAUCCUUUCGUACAGUAUCAGUGGUUCAAAAUGAAUAAAGAGAUUCCGAAUGGAAAUGCAUCAGAACUUAUUUUUAACACAGUGCAUGUGAAAGAUGCAGGCUUUUAUGUCUGCCGAGUUAAUAAUAAUUUCACCUUUGAAUUUAGCCAGUGGUCACAGCUGGAUGUUUGUGAUGUCACAGAAGUAACAGAAAGCUUCCGGAGAAGUAUCGAUGGCAUCUCUGAAUCCAAGCUGCAAAUCUGUGUUGAACCAAGGUCCCAAAAGCUGAUGCCUGGCAGCACGUUGGUCUUAGAAUGUGUUGCUGUUGGAAGCCCCAUUCCACACUACCAGUGGUUCAAAAAUGAAUCCCCACUAACACAUGAGACAAAAAAGCUAUACAUGGUGCCUUAUGUGGAUUUGGAGCAUCAAGGAACCUAUUGGUGUCGUGUAUAUAAUGAUCGAGACAGUCAAGACAGCAAGAAAGUAGAAGUCAUCAUAGGAAGAACAGAUGAGGCAGUGGAGUGCACUGAAGAUGAAUUAAAUAAUCUUGGGCAUCCUGAUAAUAAAGAGCAAACAGCUGAGCAACCUUUGGCAAAGGACAAGGUUGCUCUUUUGAUAGGAAAUAUGAAUUACUGGGAGCACCCCAAGCUUAAAGCUCCUUUGGUGGAUGUAUAUGAAUUGACCAACUUGUUAAGACAGCUGGAUUUCAAAGUCGUUUCCCUGUUGGAUCUUACUGAAUAUGAGAUGCGUAACGCUGUGGAUGAAUUUUUACUGCUUUUAGACAAAGGAGUCUAUGGACUGUUAUAUUAUGCGGGACAUGGUUAUGAAAACUUUGGGAAUAGCUUUAUGGUCCCUAUUGAUGCUCCAAAUCCAUAUAGGUCUGAAAAUUGUCUAUGCGUUCAAAAUAUAUUGAAAUUGAUGCAAGAAAAAGAAACGGGACUCAAUGUGUUCCUGUUGGAUAUGUGCAGGAAAAGAAAUGACUAUGAUGACACCAUUCCAAUCUUGGAUGCACUAAAAGUCACUGCCAAUAUUGUGUUUGGAUAUGCCACGUGUCAAGGAGCAGAAGCUUUUGAAAUACAGCAUUCUGGAUUGGCAAAUGGAAUCUUCAUGAAAUUUUUAAAAGACAGAUUAUUAGAAGAAAAGAAAAUUACUGUGUUACUAGAUGAAGUUGCAGAAGAUAUGGGUAAAUGUCACCUGACCAAAGGCAAGCAGGCUCUAGAGAUUCGAAGCAGCCUAUCUGAAAAGAGAGCACUCACUGACCCGAUACAGGGGACGGCGCAUUCUGCAGAAUCCCUGGUGCGGAACCUCCAGUGGGCCAAGGCGCACGAACUUCCGGAAAGUAUGUGUCUUAAAUUUCACUGUGGUGUUCAGAUUCAAUUAGGAUUUGCAGCCGAGUUUUCCAAUGUCAUGAUAAUCUAUACAAGUAUAGUCCACAAACCACCCGAUAUAUUAAUGUGUGAUGCCUAUGUCACCGAUUUUCCACUUGACCUAGAUAUUGAUCCAAAAGAUGCAAAUAAAGAGACACCUGAAGAAACUGGCAGCUAUUUAGUAUCAAAGGAACUUCCCAAGCAUUGCCUCUAUACCAGACUCAGCUCCCUGCAAAAAUUAAAGGAACAUCUUGUCUUCACAGUAUGUUUAUCAUAUCAAUACUCAGGAUUGGAAGAUACCAUAGAGGAAAAGCAGGAAGUGAAUGUCGGGAAACCUCUCAUUGCUAAACUAGACAUUCAUCGAGGCUUAGGAAGGAAGACCAGCUUCCAAACUUGUAUCAUGUGUAACGGCCCUUACCAGAGCUCUGCAUCCACAUCAGCAGGAGCCGCCCAUUAUCAUUCAUCUCAAGACUCAUUCUGUGGUGUUUACCAUUCACAUCUUAGUAAUUCAAGCAAUGCUAUGCCGUCAGAUAGCUGUCAGUGCAGCCGAACUGCAGAUGCCUUUAUUUCAAGUCAUCAUACCCACCAUUAUUCAUGUCAGUUUGGCAGAAGUAAUGUGCCAGUAGAGACAACUGAUGAAAUACCAUUCAGUUUCUCUGAUGGGCUCAGAAUUUCUGAAAAGUGACCUCUUUGUUUUGAAAGUUAUCAUAAUUACUAGAUGUCUCAUCUAACAGUACUCAAAUGAGUGAGGUAUUGUAAAAAGAGCAAAGUAACAGCUGUUACAUGGCAAACUCAGGACUUUGAGAUGUAAAUUCUAUUAUUUAACUACAGACUUCCUCUAAAAUUUU